CGUGAAGGGGCCGGGGCUUGGGGGUCCCGGGUCAGACGGCCCCGGAGGAGCCGCUCCAAGGGCUCGGUGACGCCGGGAGAAGCGGGGAGCAGCAUGGCCUGGGCGCUGAAGCUGCCGCUGGCCGACGAGGUGAUCGAGUCCGGGCUGGUGCAGGACUUCGACGCGAGCCUGUCGGGCAUCGGGCAGGAGCUGGGCGCCGGGGCCUACAGCAUGAGCGACGUCCUUGCCCUGCCCAUCUUCAAGCAGGAAGAGUCGAGUUUGCCUCCCGAGAACGAGAACAAAAUCCUGCCUUUCCAGUACGUGCUGUGCGCGGCCACGUCGCCCGCCGUGAAGCUGCACGAUGAAACCCUCACCUAUCUGAACCAAGGGCAGUCCUAUGAAAUCCGGAUGCUGGACAACAGGAAAAUCGGGGAGCUGCCCGAGAUAAACGGGAAGCUGGUCAAGAGCAUAUUCCGGGUGGUGUUCCACGACCGGCGGCUGCAGUACACGGAGCACCAGCAGCUGGAGGGCUGGCGCUGGAACCGGCCUGGGGACAGGAUCCUGGACAUCGAUAUCCCAAUGUCUGUGGGCAUCAUUGACCCCAGAGCAAACCCAACUCAGCUCAAUACUGUGGAGUUCCUAUGGGAUCCUUCAAAGAGGACUUCUGUGUUUAUCCAGGUCCACUGUAUUAGCACAGAGUUCACCAUGAGGAAGCAUGGAGGAGAGAAGGGGGUGCCCUUUCGGGUCCAGAUAGACACAUUCAAGGAGAAUGAGAACGGGGAGUACACGGAGCAUCUGCACUCUGCCAGCUGCCAGAUCAAGGUCUUCAAGCCCAAAGGAGCUGAUCGGAAGCAGAAGACAGACAGGGAGAAGAUGGAGAAGCGAACACCUCAUGAGAAAGAGAAGUACCAGCCCUCCUAUGAAACCACAAUCCUCACUGAGUGCUCCCCCUGGCCAGAGAUCACCUACGUCAAUAACUCCCCAUCCCCUGGCUUCAACAGUUCCCACAGCAGCUUUUCCAUUGGCGAAGGCAAUGGCUCUCCAAACCACCAGCCCGAGCCUCCUCCUCCGAUCGCAGAUAACCUGCUGCCCACCAGCACGCCGCAGGAGGCCCAGCAGUGGCUGCACCGAAACCGCUUCUCCACCUUCUCGCGGCUCUUCCGGAACUUCUCCGGUGCAGACCUGCUGAAGCUCACCAGGGAGGACGUGAUCCAGAUCUGCGGCCCCGCGGAUGGCAUCAGGCUCUUCAACGCGCUGAAGGGCCGGAUGGUGCGGCCCAGACUGACCAUCUACGUGUGCCAGGAGUCCCAGCAGCUCAGGGACCUCCAGCAGAAGCACGAGGACGGGGACACAGUGACCAGCACAUUCUUUGUGUACCACGCCAUCUACCUGGAGGAGCUGACGGCCGUGGAGCUGACGGAGAAGCUGGCCCAGCUCUUCAGCAUCUCCUCCCAGCAGAUCAGCCAGAUCUACAAGCAGGGGCCCACGGGGAUCCACGUGCUCAUCAGUGACGAGAUGAUCCAGAACUUCCAAGAUGAAUCCUGUUUCGUUCUGGACACCAUGAAAGCUGAGACCAAUGACAGCUACCACAUCAUCCUGAAAUAGCAGGGCACGGGAGGAGGAGCACUCACCAUCCUCCCAUCACGAGUGGAGACCCUUCACUUCCAGCACAAGGACACGAGCAGAGAUCUGGGAACUCAGGAGCAUCCUCUGCAAAGCCCCCCAGCUGCCGGCUCCUCGGCUCUUGCUUGCAGAGGACCUCAGCCUCCUGCCUCUGAUGCUGGUGCUAACGUGCAGCGAGGCUGGGAGCUCUCCUGUGUAGCUCUGGGCAGAGCUUUGCCCUUGGGACCCAAGCCCUGCUGAGGGCUUUGGCUGGGGCAGACGUGCUCAGCUCUGCUGCGGGGCCCCGGUGACGCUGGCAGACUGGAGGGAACAUGAAUGCAAGUGGCCCAGCAGAGCCAGCCGGCCCUGGGGCAGGUGCUGAGCUGGGCAGGUCUCAUACACUGCGUGCUGUGCUGCUGGAGUGGGAGGUGAGGGCUGGGGGGGUCUUCAAAGGUUUUAUUAAGCUUUCAUUUAAUGCUACAAUGCAUCUCUUAGACAGAGGUGGGGACUUUGGGUUUCUCCUCUCCACCCACCCGAAAGUGGCACUGGCUCAAUGGGUGCCGUCCCUCUUCCCAUGCAAGGGGGAGGUCAGGAACUUUUCCAUGUGGAUUGGGGUGUGUAAAGCUGGAGCAAACCGCGGAAUGCAGCAGAGGUGGAUAAAGAACGAGCG